AUGGCUAUUGUUCAAGCUCUGUCUUCUGGCUGGUCUUUCAGGGACCGUGACGCCGAAGAAUGGUUACCAGUUGCUUCGGUUCCGUCGGUUGUACAGCAAGAUCUCAUUGCCAACAAGAAGCUUGAUGAUCCAUACAUCGGAUUCAAAGAGUUGGAUGCUCGCUGGGUCAAUGAGAAGUCUUGGGUCUACCGAAAUGUGUUCAAGAAGCCAGAGGCACCUGCAGGUGCCGCAAUAGUUCUGGUAUUCGAUGGUCUGGACACAUUUGCCAAGGUCAAGCUCGACGGCCAGACGAUUCUUGAAAGUGACAACAUGUUUCUGGGAUACCGGGUGGACGUAACCAAAGCAUUGGAGAGUGAAGGCGACCAUACCCUUGAGGUUGAAUUUGACUGUGCACUUCUCAAGGCACGGGAGCUCCGAGCCCAACAUACCAAGCACAAAUGGGUCGGGUUCAAUGGUGACCCCGCCCGAAUGGCUGUACGGAAAGCCCAAUACCACUGGGGCUGGGACUGGGGCCCAGUGCUGAUGACUGCGGGUAUAUGGCGUGCUGUGCGGCUUGAAGUGUACAAUGCUCGCGUAGCUAAUCUGUGGCCCCAGGUUGAGCUCGCUGCAGACCACCAGACGGCUGGGGUGACCGCCGUUGUUGAUGUAGAAAGCAUCGUUGAUGGUGACUAUACAGCCGAGUUUACUUUAAGCUUGAAAGGGAGCGAGAUUGCACGCCAAAGUAUUCCGAUAUCUGGUAAGAGCACACAAGUCACAUUCAGAGUCAAUCAGCCAGCCCUGUGGUGGCCUCAUGGAUAUGGGGAGCAGACUCUGUACGAGGUAUCAGUGUCCCUGCUUCUCGGUGGUGAAAAAGUCGACCAUACAUCCAAAAAGUUUGGCAUUCGUACUGCCGAGGUAGUUCAACAACUGGACAAGCAUGGCAAAUCUUUCUUCUUCCGAAUCAACGGAAGGGAUAUUUUCUGUGGUGGUUCAUGUUGGAUUCCAGCUGACAGUCUUCUCCCUGCUGUCAGUGCUGAGCGAUACCGCAAGUGGAUUGAGCUCAUGGUGGCCGGGAGGCAAGUAAUGAUUCGUGUUUGGGGUGGUGGUAUUUAUGAAGACGACGCCUUCUAUGAAGCCUGCGAUGAGUUAGGAGUGCUAGUCUGGCAAGACUUUAUGUUUGGAUGUGGCAACUAUCCCACAUGGCCUGAGAUGCUCGAAUCUGUACGCCAGGAGACAGUCUAUAAUCUGCAGCGCAUGCGCCACCAUCCAUCCAUCGUGAUCUACGCCGGCAACAAUGAGGACUACCAGGUCGCAGAGUCGGAGGGCCUGACCUACAACUAUGAGGACAAAGACCCCGAGAGCUGGCUUAGGACGGAUUUCCCUGCACGAUACAUUUACGAGAAACUCCUUCCAGAGGUGGUGGCUGAACACUCGCCCAGUACAUUCUACCACCCUGGAAGUCCGUGGGGAGAUGGCAAGAUCUCAUCGGAUACCACUGUUGGCGAUAUGCAUCAAUGGAAUGUCUGGCAUGGAACACAGGAGAAAUAUCAGAUCUUCGAUACUCUCGGCGGAAGAUUCAACAGCGAGUUUGGUAUGGAGGCAUUCCCUCAUAUCUCUACAAUUGAAUACUUCGUCGAGAAACCCGAGGACAUGUUCCCUCAAUCUCAUGUGAUUGAUUUCCAUAACAAGGCUGAUGGCCAUGAGCGAAGGCUGGCAACAUACCUUGUAGAGAAUCUGCGGACCGCUACAGAUCUCGAAACAUACAUCUAUCUUACCCAAGUUGUACAGGCCGAAACAAUGAUGUUUGGCUACAGAGGCUGGCGCCGACAAUGGGGCGAUGAGCGGCACUGCGGCGGUGCACUACUCUGGCAACUGAACGACUGCUGGCCGACAAUUUCCUGGGCAAUCGUGGACUAUUUCCUUAAGCCAAAACCAGCAUACUACGCCGUCAAGCGAGUUCUCAAUCCAAUUGCCGUCGGAGUGCGCCGCGAACACCAUGACUGGAGCGUGGCACACGCACAACCACCCAAGACCAGCAAGUACGAUGUUUGGAUCGCAAGCAACAAAGCAGAGGCCCUCCAAGGCAGAAUCGAGCUGCGGUUUAUAUCCGUCACCACAGGUCUAGAAUUGCGAGCGCCGAUCGAGUGCAACAACAUCGCUAUCACCGCCAAUGGCACUACGGAUAACAUUGUUGACGGGGUAAUUGACCACAUCGCUGAACCAGAACCACAUGUCCUCGCUGUGCGGCUGUGGGUAGAUAAUGAGAUUGUAGCUCGGGAUAUUGACUGGCCUCAACCAUUCAAGUAUCUCAAUCUCUCAGACCGACAGCUAGAUAUCCAACGGAAGUCUGGGGAAGCAGGCGAGACGAUCUUGGUGAUCAAUGCGCGCAAGCCAGUCAAAUGUCUUGUUUUUGAGGAGCAGGAGGGUGUGCAGCUUGAGGACAAUGCGCUUGACAUUGCACCGGGUGACGAGCAGACUGUCAAAGUGAUUGGCCUUGGCAACAAGCCUUUGAGGUAUCGCUACCUAGGACAGGAGUCUUAUAUGGCCGAUGCAGAGACAGAGGCACAACCCUCAUCUAUUCUCUCAAUCUUUGAGAACUUCCGCGACGAGCUCGAUGAGCACCAUGAUCGCCGCGAACGCAUCAUCAAGAAAAGCCGUGACAUCACAGCACUGAGCAAGAAAAUCAUCUUCGCCCUCCAACGAGUCCGCGCAACCAACCAACCCCUCCCACCCAAAAUCGCUGCCGAGAACCAAACGCGCUUCGACCAAAUCCAAGCGCUAUUUGAAGAGGUCGUCCCCGAACAAUUGGGCAUAAAAGGCUGGCGCUACCAACGACAGAUCAGCGGCGGAAUCCAAGAAUACAUCGAAGCAGUCUCCUUCGACCACUACGUCCGAACACAAACCCUCAUUUCACAUGCAGAAUGCCAAGCCCGCAUGCCAGCGGAUAUUCUUCUCUCAGAAGAUGACUACCUCAUGGGACUCUUCGAUCUAACGGGUGAGAUGAUGCGAUUCGCGGUGCUAUCACUGAGCUCCGGAAACGCGGCAGCGACACAGCCCGAGGGCGGGGAGAGCAGUGAGCGACCAACGCUUGCUUCAUCGCAGAGUGACAUUGUUGUUGAUCUGCGCGCGAUGCGUGCUGGGUUCGAGGCGUUGAGUGUGCCGCGGAGACAUUUCAUGUUGAAGGAUCUACAAAAGAAGAUGGAGGUUAUGCAGGCUAGUGUUGAGAAAGUUGAACGGGCUGCUUAUGGAAUUCUGGUCCGGGGGAGUGAGAGACCUAUUGGAUGGACGCCUGAUCUUUCUGCAGCUGUGGAGGUUGAAUCGCACUGA